AGACUGACCAGAAAAAGGGAGAGGGGGCGAGAAAGGAUGCAAGAAGCUUAACAAUUGUGGUUUGGAGCUGGAUUAAGCAGGAAAACAAUUGUUGCUUUAUAUAAAUGGAGGGGUAGAUAUGAGGCUGUAUAAAAUAUGGAGUAGGAGUGAGUUAACGCCAUCAAAGAAGUUCCCAAGGUGUAUUCGACCCGACGAUCAAUUUUUAAUUCGCAUCCCAUCUCCGAACAGCGAAGCAGAUCGAGGUUCAAGUAAAACUUUUGUUUCCUCUUAGGUCUAUUAGAAGAGAGAAAGGGAGAGAUUUGAGCCACAACAUGAUUGCACAAAACGCCUUCGCAAAACUCCUUCGGCGCGCGCUGCAAUGGUUUUGGGGGAAAUGGUCGGAAUUGUUUUCUUUAACCGAGUGUGCAGACCCGCCCGGCUGAAAAAUAGUGGGGCGAAGAAUUGAGCAGGUGGGAAGGUUCAUUAAACCGUGAUGUCACUAGAUCUCUCCUCCUCCCCUUCUCUCGAGUUAAGGCACAGUUCAGCUCUGCCGUUCAUUCCUUCCUUCCUUUCGAAGGGACAGCUAAUCCGCAAAGCAAUUCUGCCCGGGGUGGGGCUUUACUUCCCUCCUCCCCCCGCCUUUUUUCCCCCUAGCGUGUGCGUGCGUGUGUGCGCUUCCUCAAGCAAGCCUCUCUCCAGUCACGGUGGGGCCAGUCAUAACAAAACCCCGUCCGCUGGCAGGAGGAACGUUGGAACGCGGCUCCGCUGUUCCUUUAAGCGUCACGCCCGCGAAGGGUUAAGCGGCCGGUGCUGCCUCCCGCUCUUUGCUAGACGGCGGAAUUUCGAGGAAGGCGCUGGGCGUUCGAGACAGCGUGUGGCUGCUGUUGCUGUGGUAGCUACUCUCGCUAAAAGCCUUUCCGGCUCAUUUGGGAAGACGUUCAGCUGCGUUUUAUUUUAGGCCCCGGACCUCGACCCUCUCCGGAGAAAUCUGCUUCGGGGUGAGGAAGAAGGAGCAGAAGAUUUCAAAGCGUACCAGCUGGACUUGCGUCGCGGGGCGCUGCGAUUGAACGCCCGGGUGAGCGAGCAUCUCCGGGGAAUCGCCUCCUCACGCUCGCCCGGAGCGGUGUGAUUAUGAGGACGAGCUUGGCUCUUGCCAGCUAUGGAACCAAGCCAGACCUUGGCGGUGAUCCUUAAACCAGUACAAUGCCGGGACUGAGCUGCUUCGCUCUCCACCUUCCUGACCCAGUCGGGUUUGGGUGAGAUCCAGCUGCAGACCAGCCGCGCGUCCUCUUCGCAGAUUUCUCAAACCCAGCUGAAAUGAAUGCCUUUUAGACGGAAGGAACCUGAGCACUUUUACUACUAAUGCCAGAGUGAAAGGAAAAGCUAAUCCAACCAUCCUGUCUCCUGUCAACGUUUGGAACUUCACACUGAGGAUUGGCCUUCUGUAUAGAACAUACUUACUCUUCCAUUUAGCAUACAUGGAGGAAGGCAUCAAAAUGUGUAAACCUGGCUAACAGCACAGUGAUUUUCAGAAGCAGACUGAAGGACAGUCCAAUUGUAUAAGGAUUAUUUUGCAUUUAGUUUCUAAGAAUAUAACAUCUGCACAGAGGACAAAACACAACAUCUAUUUAAUUUUAUUUCUUUUUCUUUUUUGCUCAACUCUCCCUUCUUUCUUCAGUUAGAAAUGGGCCCGUGGACUAGAAUGUGGCCCAUGGACAGGUAUGCUUUCUUGAAAUCCUGGCUUGUUUUUUUUCUGGGAUUGUAUGUGCAGUUUUCCAAAGCGCUGGCCUGUCCAAGUGUAUGCCGUUGCGACCGAAACUUUGUCUAUUGUAAUGAACGAAGUUUGACCUCAGUGCCUCUUGGAAUACCGGAGGGUGUAACCAUACUCUACCUCCACAAUAACCAAAUUAAUAAUGCUGGAUUUCCUGCAGAACUUCACAAUGUCCAGUCUGUGCACACAGUCUACCUGUAUGGCAACCAGCUAGAUGAGUUCCCUAUGAAUCUCCCCAGGAAUGUCAGGGUUCUCCACCUGCAAGAAAACAACAUCCAGACCAUUUCUAGGGCUGCUCUGGCACAACUCUUGAAAUUGGAAGAGCUUCAUCUGGAUGAUAAUUCUAUCUCUACUGUUGGAGUUGAGGAUGGGGCAUUCCGGGAAGCUGUUAGCCUGAAGCUUCUAUUCUUAUCCAAGAAUCACUUAAGCAGUGUACCAGUUGGCCUUCCAAUGGACUUACAAGAACUACGAGUGGAUGAAAAUCGAAUUGCCAUCAUAUCAGACAUGGCCUUUCAGAAUCUCACAAGUUUGGAACGUCUUAUAGUGGAUGGUAAUCUCCUUACAAAUAAAGGAAUUGCAGAUGGCACUUUCAGCCACUUAUCCAAACUUAAGGAAUUCUCUAUAAUAAGAAAUUCAUUGACAUACCCACCUCCCGAUCUUCCAGGUACAAAUCUACUUAGGCUUUAUUUACAGGACAACCAGAUAUCAAACAUACCACUUUCAGCCUUUUCAAAUCUUCAUCACCUGGAACGACUUGAUAUUUCCAACAAUCAACUUCGGAUGCUGUCUAAAGGUGUCUUUGACAAUCUUCACAGCCUGAAGCAACUGACAGCAAGGAAUAAUCCCUGGCUAUGUGAUUGUAGUAUUAAAUGGGUUACUGAAUGGCUGAAAUUAAUUCCUUCCUCCAUCAAUGUCCGAGGAUUCAUGUGUCAAGGACCAGAACAAGUCCGAGGUAUGGCUGUCAGGGAACUCAACAUGAACAUGUUGUCAUGCCCCACAACUAUCCCAGAUGUAUCAUUUGUUACCCAUAUUCCCACAACAUCUUUGCCAACCAUGAUGGUUCCUACUUCAUCAUACUUAACCCCAAGUAACAAACAAACAAACAUUCUUCCUGCCCCUACUAUAGCCACACUCCCCACUGUGCCUGAGAGGAAUGAUGAAGAAAAAAUGACCCUUCCCACUGUUGAACGAUUUCAGCUGUUUAUCCACGUUGUGAAUGGCACUUGCAUCCAAGUGAGCUGGCAUUCCUUCUUUAAUGUGAUGGCCUACAAGCUUACCUGGGUUAAAAUGGGUCAUAGUCUGGAAGGAGGCAUUAUUCAGGAACGGAUAGUUACUGAUAAGAGGCAGAAUAUCAGCUUGACAAAUUUAGAGCCCAAAUCCACAUACCGGAUUUGUUUGGUUCCCUUGGAUGAUUUUAAUAAUUACCGCAUUGGUGAGGACACUGUGUGCUCAGAAGGCACAACGAAAGCUUCCCUAUUGAAUAAUGGAAGCAACUCAGCUUCUAGCCAUGAACAGACAACUUCUCAUAACCUUGGUUCUCCAUUUCUGUUAGCAGGCUUAAUUGGGGGGGCUGUUGUAUUUGUGCUAGUAGUUCUGCUUAGUAUCUUCUGCUGGCACAUGCACAAAAAAGGACGCUACACCUCUCAGAAGUGGAAAUACAACCGUGGGCGACGGAAAGAUGACUACUGUGAGGCAGGAACCAAGAAGGACAACUCCAUCCUGGAGAUGACAGAAACCAGCUUUCAGAUUGUCUCCUUAAAUAAUGAUCAGCUCCUUAAAGGAGAUUUCAGAUUGCAGCCUAUAUAUACCCCAAAUGGGGGCAUUAACUACACAGACUGCCACAUCCCCAACAAUAUGCGAUAUUGCAACAGCAAUGUCUCAGACCUGGAACACUGUCAUACGUGAUAGUGAGGUAUGUGGUGAGGCAAUAUUACCACAAGCAAAAACUCAGAGGGAACAAGCAAAAUUAAUCUACUCACACACAAAUCAACAAAAAUUACAUUUGAUAAAUGUUACACAAAUGCAUUUGUGCAUUUGAAUACUCUGUAAUUUAUAUGGUGUACUAUAUAAUGGGAUUUAAAAAAAGUGCUAUCUUUUCUAUUUCAAGUUAAUUGCAAACAGUUUUGUAACUUUUUGCUUUUUAAAUCUUUAAAAUAUAUAUAAAUAUAUAUAUAAAUAUAUAUAUAUAUUGAAGAAGUACUGUACAGGGUUGUACAAUAAGAACCCAAUGCCAUGGCAAAGGAAAUACAAAACAAAAUGCCUCAUUCUUCAAACAUUCAAUACUUUGAUUUUGGAGCUGUUUGGGGGAUUUUGGCUCGUAUAUAUCCAUUAGUUUAAGAUAAGUUUGUAUUACAAGAGGAAACUUUAGGAAUGCCUAAGCAGUGUUACAUGAGAGGAAAACAAUUUAACUUCAUUGGUGAUUUUAAAAAGCGUAAUUUGUAAAAAAUUAGAUUGGCCACUUUGUCUGCCUCUGUCCCUUUAGCUCCCUUUAGUCAGUGACUAAACUAAGAAUUUCCUGGAUAUCAGGCUUAACAAACCUGUAUCCUUCAUUUUGUUAAUGCUUUUUUCAAAAAAUAUAUCACUUGUUCAUUUCUUCUCAGAAAAGCUGAUAUGGCAUUUGUUAUUAAAUUCUCAUCAAAUUGGGAAUGUUUUCUGACCAGCCUUAUAAAAAAAUAAAUAAACUACAUCUAGACUUUGUUUUAUCCAUAAAUGCAUUUUUGAAUUCCCAGUGAAAUCACAUUAAGUCAUAAAUUUCAAAAGUUUUAUUAGCAAUCCAGAUAGACCUUUGGCAGAAUACAAUCAAUACUUACAUUCUACAGUAAGUAGAAGUACUCCUCAACUUAUAACCACAACUGAACCCAAAAUUUCAGUUGUUAAAUGAAUUUUAACCCACUUUACAACCUUCCUUGCCACUGUUCUUAAGUGAAUCACAGCAGUUGUUAAGACAAUAACAUGAUUGCUGAGUAAAUCUGGCUUCCCCGUUGACUUUGCUGUCUUGCACACCCCUUUACAAUUACUUGCAAAACUGAUUUUGCCAAAUGCAUAACUUGCAUUAAUUCAGUUAAGGAGAAAUGUCCUUAACUUUAUCUGGUUCUCUUCCAGAUUAUUUUGCUCAGUUUUGUACCUUUGCAAAAGGACUAGCUGGGAUUCUAAGCUGUACAGUUCUAUUAAUAUGGGAACAUGACAAAAAGAAAACCCACCCCUUUGGUGAUAGAAGAAGAAGAAUUUCCAGUGCAUCAUAUGAAAGAUCAUAUGUUAUUGCAUGGAGAACCUAGUGCAGCUCUUAGUGUUAGGCAAAGAUCCACUGAUGGUAGAUUAGUUAACUCUCCGCUCUCCCCAUAUGUAGUCUCUGCAUGAAGUUGAGGACAUGACUGAUGGUUUCAUAUACUGGCAUGAGUGGGAUAUUAGCCAGGGGAAAUGAUGUUGGCUGAAACAAUGGAAUUGUAGUCCACUAAAUGUAGAGAGUACCAGGUUGGAGAAGGCUGGACUAUACUACCCAUAUUUGAUUUGAUUUUUUAUUUAUUUUAAUCAAUAAAUUAGUGUGGCCUUCCCUUACACUCUUCUCUUGUUUUUUAAUCUAAUUAAACUCAUAUGCAGAAUACUUGAGAAUUAAGCACAAUUAUCAACUCAUUCAUUUUUUUAAAAAAAAAUCAUCUCCUCCCCCUCCUCCACAAUCAUAUUUAUUUGAAAAAGAGGCUUAAAACUGUUUUCUAAUAAUCAGAAAUGACCUACAAAAUUAAUCAUCUCAGUAAUAUAUUCUUUAAUUAAAGGCUAACCAAAAAUUACCUUUGAAAAAAGGAUGGCUUAAGGUAUGGAAAUAAGAACCGUGGCCAGUAUGCCUUCUCAGUUUACCUAAUCUGUUAUUAAUCACAAAACACACCUAUAGUUAUAUUAAUGCAUAACAACAUUCAGAUGGAUCACAACUUUGUAAGAUAGCAGAGUCUAAUAAUUCCCUAAGGGAAUUGUUCAUUUUGCAAUCAGAUUUCAAUAAUAUCAAAAGAAUUUCCAUUGGUAUUUUAGGCAACCUGUGUGGAUACUGUAUCUGUAGUUGCUGAAGGUUGCUAACUGAAAGAUUGCAUAUGGUUUCAAAUGUAUAAUUUUAGCUAGGGAAUUAUUAUGGUUUUUUUCUGUUUUUGCUUUUGCUUUUCACUAAAUUAGCUGUUUGUUGACAGAAGAUAUUGUUUAAACAUUAAGAAGACACACAGAGAUCUAUGAAAAAGAUAGGAAGAAAAGGCUUUCCUGCAAGCAGGAUGUCAUUCAAGUGGAACAGGAGUAACUUCACAGCAGUUAAAUGAAACUAAUUCUUUGCAUAUGCAAGAUAAUGGGAUGUCCUCCAAACUGAAUUCCUUUAUAGAGCAUAAGGCUAAAUCUUAUUUCUAGCAUAAAUAAUGCCUCUGAAUUUCAGUUGCUAAGAGUAACAGCUGUUAUUCUUAUUUUCUUCUAUCUAGAAUCAUGUACUUGAUGAGAAAUAUGAUGAUAGGCUAAAUAGGCUUUUUUUGUCUAAUUGUUUUCUAGUUAUGUUUUUCUAUAUCAUGAGCCUAAGCAACACACACAUACACACACUAUCUUAUCAAUAAUAAAAUGGAGAGUCCAAACAGUAGAUCUUGUAUCUGUGUUGCAGUAUAUAUAACAGUUAUUUACAUGAACAAAAGAAAGUAAAUCUGAUGUUCAUCAACGCCA